UCCGUGCUUUUUUACAUUUAUCGUCUCACUAUGUCAACAUUAGAUAUUUCAGGGAAACUACAAUGCUGUUUAUGGGAACAAUUUCCUCGGAGCGUGGCGAAAGCCAGCACAGUCAGCUGUCCAAAUGUAACGUAAACAGACAUUCCCCAAAACAAAGCCGACGCACAUUCCCCUCAAGGCCCUUUCUUUUAGGAGACGCCGCGUGGAUAAUAUUGAAGACCUUUGAAAAGUUCAUGAUGAUGAUGAUGAUGGAGGAGCAACAGUGCGCGCCUUCUCCUCUUCCUCGUCCUCCCCCAGCUGCACGAGAAGGAGUGGCCUGGACCGGUGGCCGGCCGAGCGUCACUUACAAACUGGAGCGGCGCUCCUUCCCGACGAUCACUUGUUCACCUUCACGGCCACGGUGGGACCGAGACUGCGAGACGUGCACGGAGAGCGAAGGAGGCAAAGAUCAACUCCUGCGGUUCUAACAUCAGCCUGGGUCCUACUCAGCGCAUUCAUUCCUCACUAAAAUCAUCGGACACUGGCCGACAAGAUGAGCAAGAAGAUGGAAGACGAGGCCGUGCUGGACCGCGGGGCGUCCCUCGUCAAGCACAUCUGCGACCAGGAGGAGGUGGAAGGUCACCACACCAUUUACAUUGGCGUGCGAGUCCCCAAGAGCUACCGCCGCCGCCGACGCCACCGUCGGCGAACGCCCGGCAACAAGGACAAGAAGGAGCGGCCGUCGGAAAACGCCUCCGACAACGAGACCAACGACGAGGUCGGCAACAGCAUCCUCAAGCCCCUCAUCUCGCCGGCCGCCGAGAGGAUCCGUUUCAUCCUCGGGGAGGACGAUGACGGCCCCCCGCCUCCGCAGCUCUUCACCGAGCUGGAUGAACUGCUGUCGGUGGAUGGCCAGGAGAUGGAGUGGAAGGAGACGGCCAGGUGGAUCAAGUUUGAGGAAAAGGUGGAGGAAGGCGGCGAGCGCUGGAGUAAACCUCACGUGGCCACCUUGUCCCUGCACAGCUUAUUUGAGUUGCGCACCUGCAUCGAGAAAGGCACCAUCAUGCUGGACAUGGAAGCGUCCACCUUACCUCAGGUGGUUGAGCUGAUCACGGACAACCAGGUGGAGAGCGGCCAGCUGAAGGCUGAGCUGAAGGACAAGGUGAUGUACACGCUGCUCCGUAAGCAUCGGCACCAAACCAAGAAGUCCAACCUGCGCUCGCUGGCCGACAUCGGCAAGACGGUCUCCAGCGCAAGUAGGCUCUUUUCCAACCAGGAGAACGCCCGUAGUCCUCUGGAGACCUCCGUGACGUGCCUGUCGAGCGGCAUCUCAAUGGAGGACUUGCAGAGUCAAAGGAGCAUCAGCAUGGAUUGGCUCAAUAGUCCCACCACCACCCACCGGAACCUGACCUCCAGCAGCCUCAAUGACAUCUCUGACAAGCCGGAGAAAGACCAGCUGCGGAACAAGUUCAUGAAGAAGUUGCCCAGAGACGCAGAGGCUUCUAACGUGCUGGUGGGCGAGGUGGACUUCCUGGACGCGCCCUUUGUGGCUUUUGUGCGUUUGCAGCAGGCCGUCAUGCUCGGCGCCCUGACGGAAGUUCCCGUUCCCACCAGAUUUUUAUUUGUACUGCUCGGGCCCAAAGGUAAAGCCAAGUCCUACCACGAGAUCGGACGAGCCAUCGCUACCCUCAUGUCGGACGAGGUGUUCCACGACAUCGCAUACAAAGCCAAGGACCGACAGGACUUGCUGGCCGGCAUCGACGAGUUCUUGGAUGAGGUGAUCGUGCUGCCUCCCGGCGAGUGGGAUCCCGCCAUCCGGAUUGAACCUCCCAAAACGCUGCCCUCCUCAGACAAAAGGAAAAACAUGUACGCGGGUGCAGAUGCUCAGAUGAACGGCGACGCGCCUCACGACGGCGGUCACGGAGACGGCGGGCACGCCACGGGCGAGGAGCUGGAGAAAACGGGAAGGUUUUGCGGCGGCCUGUUGCUGGACAUCAAAAGAAAAGUACCUUUCUUGCUCAGCGACAUCACCGACGCCUUCCACAUCCAGGCCUUGUCUGCCAUCUUGUUCAUCUACCUGGGCACCGUCACCAACGCCAUCACUUUUGGCGGACUACUCGGCGACGCCACGGAGAACAUGCAGGGAGUUCUGGAGAGCUUCCUGGGCACGGCUAUAGCGGGCGGUGUCUUCUGCCUUCUGGCCGGCCAGCCGCUCACCAUCCUCAGCAGCACGGGACCUGUCCUCGUCUUCGAACGCCUCCUCUUCAAUUUCAGCAAGGACAACGAAUUCAACUACCUGGAGUUCCGCCUGUGGAUCGGCCUGUGGUCGGCGUUCCUGUGCCUGCUGCUGGUGGCCACGGACGCCAGCUACCUGGUCAAGUACUUCACGCGCUUCACAGAGGAAGGCUUCUCGGCCCUUAUCAGCUUCAUCUUCAUCUACGACGCCUUCAAGAAGAUGAUCAAGCUGGCGCACCACUACCCAAUCAACUCUGACUUCCGGGCGGAACAUGUCACGCAGUACGACUGCCUCUGCAUGGCGCCCACCGUCCUCGAAAACAACUCGGACUUCGUAGGCGAUCCUUUAGAAGGCACAUCCAUCUGGUUCUGGAACAACACCGAUCUGCCCGUGAACGCCACGUGGUCGUCUCUGAGUCGGAGCGACUGCCUGAAGUACAACGGCGAGCUGGUGGGCAAAGCGUGCGACUUUGUCCCCGACACCGCACUGAUGUCCAUCAUCCUCUUCUUCGGCACGUACACCUGCUCCAUGGCCCUGAAAAAGUUCAAGACCAGCCCCUUCUUCCCCACCACCGUCAGGAAACUCAUCAGCGACUUUGCCAUCAUCCUGACCAUCCUCAUCUUCUGCGGCGUGGACGCGAUGGUCGGCGUGGACACUCCUAAACUCAUCGUGCCGACUGAAUUUAAGCCGACGAGUCCCCUCCGAGGUUGGUUCGUGCCGCCGUUCGGGGGCAACCCCUGGUGGGUGUACCUGGCCUCAUCCGUGCCCGCCCUGCUGGUCACCAUCUUGCUCUUCAUGGACCAGCAGAUCACGGCGGUGAUCGUCAACAGGAAGGAGCACAAGCUCAAGAAAGGUGCGGGCUACCAUCUGGAUCUGUUCUGGGUGGCUGUGCUGAUGGUGCUGUGCUCCUUCAUGGGCCUGCCGUGGUACGUGGCGGCCACCGUCAUCUCCAUCGCUCACAUCGACAGCUUGAAGAUGGAAACGGAAACGUCGGCGCCCGGGGAACAGCCCAAGUUCUUGGGAGUCAGGGAGCAGAGGGUCACCGGCGUCGCUGUGUUCAUCCUUACCGGACUGUCGGUUUUCAUGGCUCCCAUUUUAAAGUUUAUCCCCAUGCCGGUCCUGUACGGCGUCUUCCUGUACAUGGGAGUGGCCUCUCUCAAUGGAGUUCAGUUCAUGGACCGUCUGAAGCUGCUGCUGAUGCCGGCCAAACACCAGCCCGACCUGAUUUACCUGCGGCACGUGCCGCUAAGGAAGGUACACUUGUUCACCUUCAUCCAGGCACUCUGCUUGGCCCUGCUUUGGAUCCUCAAGUCCACCGUGGCCGCCAUCAUUUUCCCCGUCAUGAUCCUGGCGCUGGUGGCCGUGAGGAAGGCCAUGGACUACAUGUUUUCUCAGCAUGACCUCAGCUUCCUCGAUGACGUCAUCCCCGAGAAGGACAAGAAGAAGAAGGAGGACGAGAAGAAGCAAAUCGGAGAAGACAGCGACGCCGAUGACUCCGACUAUCCUUACAAUGAGAAUGUUCCCAGCAUUAAAAUUCCCAUGGACAUGAUGGAGCAGGAACCGUUUUUAGGUGGUCAGCCCUCAGACAAAGAGAAGUCAGCUUCGUUUCUCGAGCGACACACGUCGUGCUGAGCAGCUUCGCUACUACCGGGCCAACUGCUUGUCCAGCCCCGAGAUGAGUCCGCUGAAGCCAGUGCCUCAGAUUAGAAUAGACAUGGACCCGGACGACGGCAACCCAUUCUACUGGUCGAGCCGAGGAUCCGAAACGUCUCUGUAGGCCCGCCCGGUAGUGGUGGUGGUGGUGGGGGUGGCAUCCAGAUCUGAGACCCUCUCCACCUUCCCAUCAUCUUCUUCUACUACAAAUCAGAACAUGUAAGCUAACUCUACUACUUCUUCUAUGCAACUGCAGCUCUGUCUUUCCCUCCCGGCUUCAUUUUAUACCACCCGUCUAUACUUUUAUAAUAUGUGAAGAAAAAAAAAAAGGGGGCCGGACAGUAAUCGCUUAUAUAUUAUAACAUUUUCCUGUAGCAGGAAAUGUACAUUUUUAUAGUCUACCUCUUGUUUCAGACAAACAAGCGUGGAUUGAUGGUGGGGGAUUUGCUGAAAAGGUGUGCUUAUGUGAUUAAAUAGCUAUUAAUGGUCAAUUAACAACAGUUUUUGAUUUGUUUUUCGUUCUAAAUUAAAUCGAAACUGUUUUUUGGGGUGUGUGUGUGUGUGUGUGUGUUGGUAACUUUCGUACAUUGGGUUCUUCUCAGCUAUGGGCAAUUUCGCGUUGAAAAAAAUGUGAUGACCUUUCAAGUGGCUUAUAACGUCCAUUAUUCAUGUCCUACAAAGUCAAUAACAAAUCAGAGUUGACAUUUUUAACUCAAAUAUUUUUCAUUGUCUUGAUUUUUGUAUAAGUACUUUUAAGAAUAGGAAUAUGUAAUAAAGUUUUAAAUUAAGAAAAUCCCCUCAUAUAGUUCUGGGAAUAAUUUAUCUUUUAUGACAUUGUGCUAUGAGGUCUGGAAACUGAAUCCAAAAUUCUCCCCAAAUAUCCCGGUAAAAGUAAAGAUAUUUGUCAAGCACUGAUUUUUUUGUUUCUUUUCUUUUCUUUUUUUGUUUCUUUUUUUCUUCUUCUGUGUCUUCUAGCAACGUAUUUGCUCAUUUGUGAUCAUAACAUUCCCAAAAUAAUCACAUAAAAGAAAUCUAAACAAAUAAUGAAACACUAUCUUUUUUUUUUACUGUAAUUUGAGAGACACAUUGUAAGCGUGACUAUUUUAAAGCUUACUUUUAAUCAUGCAUGUUAGUCCAUCAGCCAAAGUAACAAUAUGAUUAUAUUUUAUAUUUAUAGUCCACGUUUGUUUGUUUGUUGUUAGCCAAAACAAAUACAAUAAAAAUUAACAAAUUUGAAUGGGCAUAAAUACAAGAACUCACAAGCUGUAUUUGGGGGGACGGGCUUUUCAUUAACUGUUUAUUUUUUUGGUGACUUUUUAGAGUAAGUACUUUAGAAAUUCUAUUUUUCAAAUGAAAUGUAUAUUGAAAAUAAAAAGUUAUUGAACAGACA